AAUCUUUAAACUUACUGUUUCAGAUGGUUUAGGCAAAUAAAUGAUCACUUCCAUAUCAAGGGGUGCUCGUAUGUUCUGUAUAAACCUCAUGGAAAGAACAAGACAGCUGGAGAAACUGCUGUGGGGGCUCUUGCAAAGCUAACACGUGGAUUGAAAGAUGAAUCAAUGGCCUACAUCUACCAUUGCCAAAACCAUUAUUUUUGUCCAAUUGGAUUUGAAGCAACCCCAGUAAAAGCUAGUAAAGCAUAUAGGUUGCUGGAUUUAGACUCGGGAGACCUGGGUUCGGUUCCCAGUUCAACCACAGACUUCCGUUGUGAUUUUAGAGGUCGUGUUUUGCAGCAAGAAGUAGAAUAUUGGAUCUUAAUUGGAGAGCCGAGCAGAAAACAUCCAACGAUACACUGUAAAAGGUGGGCAGAUAUUGUCACUGACCUAAACACCCAAAAUCCAGAGUACCUAGAUAUUCGACACCUAGAGAGAGGACUGCAGCAUCGGAAAACAAAGAAGGUUGGAGGAAAUCUUCAUUGCAUCAUCGCCUUUCAGAGACUUAACUGGCAAAGAUUUGGUCCUUGGAAUAUUCCAUUUGGAAGUGUCAGACAGGAUAAACAAUCCCUAACACAAGGACAAGGUAUUGCCAAAUCUGAAAGCGAAGACAAUAUCUCUAAAAAACAACAUGGACGACUGGGUCGAUCUUUCAGUGCUGGUUUCCAUCCAGAAUCUACAUGGAAAAAAUCUAGUCUUCGUGAGAGAAGGAACAGCGGGUAUCAGAGCUAUAAUGAUUAUGAUGGAGAUGAUUAGAAUGAACUUUAGUUAAUAGAGUUUAUACAUCAAAGUUAGUUUUAAUCAACACAGAGUAGGGGUUUAUUAGUCCUAGGAUACAUACGAAUAGAAAAUAUGGUAUAAAAUACAGCUUUGUAAUCCUUAAAUCAGUUAUGAAUUAUAUGGUUGCAGUGGAUGACAUCUGAUAGAUGAACUGACAGAUAAGCACAGAUUAUUGUACUUUUGUAAUCAAAAGCAGAUAUGACAGCUAAAUCAAUCACUUAUUUUGAAAUGACUAUACUAUAUCCUGAUCUGUGAGAAUAAAACAGCAGAUUGAAAUUAGCCAAUGCAACAAACAGAUUUCAUUGAAAAUACUUGAUAUUCAGAAGCAUGAAAAUGUACUAUAUGACUUUAUAAAAAGGCUUAUACUGCAUAUGGUAUAAGGAUAGAAGUAAACAUUUGCCUUCCUUUUUAGCAUUCCAUUUUGUUAAGGCUGCUGAUAUCCACUGAAAAGAGAGAAAUUACAUAGGUUAGAAAACCUUGUCAGAUUAACAAAAUGAAUGUAUAUUCUCAAUCUAGUUGUCAUUAGAAUUCUGUGAGUCAGAUAAUCCUGUUUUGUAGGUAGAUCCCAGUUACUUUUCCCAUAGUGAGAUACCUGUUUUAGACUGAGAAGAAUUGGUGGCAAGGAAGGUUUGAAGAGGGACAUUUACUGCUUUUGCUCUGUGGAUGCAGAAACAGAUUUCCUAUCCUGUGUGCUCUGGUGAGCAGUGACUUCAUAACACAAACUUGUGAAAAUCAGUUUUAUAAAGCUGCAUUUAACCUGAGCCCAAUGAGCUGGCUGAACAGAGUGUUCUGCUGGCAAUUAUUUUUCUUGUUCAGUCUUAAAACUGCUGCUGUUUCUGUGCUACUCUCUUAAUUUUGUAUGAAGGUGAUGCAAGUGCCGAAAACUGCUGGCAGCCCUUAUGAUAUACCUCUAUGCCAGCAAACAAUCCAAGUCUUUUCAGGUGUCCAUGUGCAGUCGUUUUUGUUUUUUUUUCCUUUCUUUCUGGUUUAUUCAAUUGUUUGCCCAAAUGCAUCUCGGCAGUUGUAACUUUGUGUGCAGACGUUCAUACCUGCUCAAGGAUUUUUAUUUUUUACGUAAAAUGAUUUGUCAUGUAAUGCAGGGUUUUUGUAGGUUGAUGCUAUUGUUAACCAAAAAUGGGAGGGAGACUUUCGGACUUCUGUUCAUUCAAUAAAAUUUGUUUUCUA